AUGGCACUAUCAGCCCAAGACGGUAUCAACGAAGCAGAACGUGCCGGGCUCGACAAGCACGGUUACCUCUUUGGCAAGAAACUCACGCAUUCACUUUCUCCUUUUCUUCACCAGGUCAUCUACGACCAUCUUAACCUCCACUGGAGCCAACUUCGCCUUGAUUCAUCAGACCUACAGUUGUUCUUGGAUCUAGUACAGCACCCAUCAUGUUUCGGUGCAUCUGUUACUAUGCCCAACAAAGUGGCCAUUAUUCCCUAUCUUGAUGAAAUGACAGAUGAGUGCCGCGACGUGGGAGCUUGCAACACUGUCUUUUUCAAAAACCGCAAUGGCCGACGAGUUCUAUGCGGCACCAACACGGACGUCAUCGGCAUCCGCGACUCCUUUUUCUACAACGUCAAAGAUCCGGCCCUCACGUACCAUGACCGGCCGGCUCUCGUCAUCGGCGGCGGAGGUGCAGCGCGCAGUGCCAUCUACGCUCUGAGAAAGUGGAUGAAUGUCAAAGAAAUAUAUCUCGUGAACCGGGACGCUUCUGAAGUCGAGGCUGUCAUCCGAGACUGCGCAUCGCGAGGCUAUGGCCAAGAUCUCUUGCAUAUUUCCACGGCCGGCCAGGCCAGAAAUGCUGCCGGACCUGGUGCUAUUGUUGCUUGUGUGCCAGACUUCGUACCACAGACAGCAGAGGAGAAGCUGGCAAGGCAGAUCACUGAGAUAUUAUUGGAUAAGGAGCACAAGGGCGCCAUGCUUGAAAUGUGCUACAACCCCACGCCGUUCACUGCUUUGGGCAUGCUUGCUGAGAAGAAAGGGUGGGAUGUAAUCUUGGGGACAGAGGCGUUAAUAUGGCAGGGACUGGAGCAAGACACGUAUUGGACAGGGAACACGAUUGAGGGCCUGCCGGCCGAGAAAGUCAAGGCGGCAAUUGCGGCAAAUGUAGCUCAGAGAUCACAAGCCAAAUUGUAA